GCGAGCGCCCCACGCGGCCGUCAAUGGGGGGGCGGGGGCCGCGAAGGCGUACGGGAAAGAGGGGAGGGGGCGGGGAGCGCCCCGUCUCUCGCCCCCUCCGCCCGCUAAGGAGCUUACCUCGUGGCAGAUGUUGACAGCCUCCCAGCCCGCUCCGCUCGUUUGAGGGGAGGCCAGUCGGGAGGCAGCCAGCAAGCGAGGCAAAAGCGGCGAGGGGGGCGGGCGGGCUGGCUGGCGGGAAGGGCGGGAAGCCCCCUCGCCUUGCCGUAGAUUAAGGAGGCGCCCACGCAGGAGCCGUCGGCCGUGACUUGCAAGCCCUCGCCUGGACCCGACUUCUUCUUCGCCGCCGCCGCCGCCGCCGCCUUCCAGCCGGACUCCAGCCUUGAAGGGGUGGCUUUCCCGGGCUGGCGCCCAGCCACGACUCCAGCGCCCGCAGCUCCGCUCGCCCAGGGCGGCUGGAGAGUUGGCUUCGCGGGCUCCCGAGCCUUCCCUGCCGCUGCUCUCUUCCCCACCCCACGCACCCACCCCGCGUCCUUUGGCUCUCCCGGGCAUAACUCGGGCGCUGUCGCGGUCGCUGCUCGUGCCUUUUUUCCUCCCCCGCUCGCCUUUGUCUUCCUUCCUCGCGUCCCGCGACUCCUUCCUUGCCGGUCCGCCCCCCCCCAUGCUCUUAGGCGGGGCGAUGGCGAAGAUCAGGGUGGCUUACGAGUACACCGAAGCGGAAGACAAAAGCAUCCGCCUGGGCUUGUUCCUCAUCGUCUCCGGCAUCGUCUCGCUCUUCAUCCUGGGCUUCUGCUGGCUCAACCCGGCCCUGCAGGACUUGCAAGGCAAGGCGGCCAACUGCACGGUGCUCUCGGUCCAGCAGAUCGGCGAGUUCUUCGAGUGCACGUUCACGUGCGGCGCCGACUGCAAGGGCACCUCCCUGUACCCCUGCCUCCAGAUCUACGUCAACAACUCCGAGUCCAACGCCCGGGCGCUGCUCCACCAGGACGAGCACCAGCUCCUCACCAACCCCAAGUGUUCAUAUAUCCCUCCCUGUGAAAGAGAAAAUGAGAAGAACUCUGACAUCGUAGCACACUGGCAGGUCUACUGGGAAGAUGAAGUUGGCUCUCAGCCCUUCACAUGUUACUUUAAUCAACACCUUAGACCAGAUGAUGUCCUGUUACGACGCACUCAUGACGAAUCGGUUCUCUUGCACUGCUUCCUGUGGCCAGUGGUGACGUUUCUGGUUGGUGUCCUCAUUGUCCUUCUGACCAUCUGUGCAAAGAGCUUGGCUGUCAAAGCAGAAGCAAUCAAGAAGAGGAAGCACUCCUAAAAGGGAGUCUCUUGAACGGAACUGGAGGGAACUCACAGGAAAGCUUGAGGUGGCAAAUGCAGCAGACGGGCGCUUCGGUGAAGCUUCCUAGCAAUGCCCAUUCCCAGUGUAUUGCCAGCCGUUGGUCUUGCCAAUGCCUGAAGAUUAAUUGUAGGUGACCACGCUGUGAAAUGUUAACUAGCUGCUUCUGCCACUCUGAAACGCCAACAUGUCUGUUUCACCAAAUGAUCCUAAGCUGCACCAACUGGCUAAUACCGCAUUACUGUAAUCCAAACGAUGGACUGAAGGACAGUUUGUGAAAACUCAAAGUCUGGUUGACUUCAUCUUAGCAAAAGAUGACAUUUAUUUCUUAACAUUUAUUAUUUAGUACUGGGUAUUUAUUAUUUCUUUUCUC